GUCUCUUUAUUUGCUCAUCUUAUAUGGCACAUUAUAGGAGGUCACAGUGGCCCGGAGGCGUGCUCUCGACCUGCGCGUGAGAAUUUCCUUCUUGUCACUCACAUGUGUUACAGUGCGAUACAGAAACUGUUCAACAGUCGCAGCGGUGGACGCAGAAAGAGGAAGGAAAAUGAAGAUGCACUUUUCAACGGUGGUGAUAUUAGCAGGUUGGAUGAUAUUUGGAGGCAGCACUGAAACAACUACAUUUACCUCAGAUGUAGCGACAUCACCUUCACUAACGCACACAACAUCAGCAGAUUCCACUGAGACACAAUCAACGACUGAAUCCGUCUCCACGAUCCACAAUAUAAAUGAAACAACAACUGAGUCCCCACAAAGUGUGAACAUGAGCACUACGAACAGCCCUACUCAUACAACAUCAAAUACAAGCUCUGACUAUAACGCUACCUCUCCUGCGACGACUGAGCUCACGAGCGCAGCCUUCAAUGCGACCAAUGCCUCGACCACAGUCACAUCGGCUUUGGUGUCUGGAACUUUGACAACAUCCUCCUCAGAGAGCCAUACCUCAGAGAACACAACUCUGGGAAGCACAAAACCGGGUAUCACUACUGCCAAUAGCACAAAUACAACGAUAAUUUCUACGACUAAAACGGUGCCCACUACUUCACCAACAACAACAACAACAGCAGCAGCAACAACAACAACAACAGCAGCAGCAACAACAACAACAGCAGCAGCAACAAUCACAAAAGCGGUAACAACCAAACCCUCAGAUUCUGUUGACCAAGAAAAGAAAGAACCAGAGGCCCUGAGCUCAGCAAGUGUUGCUGCCAUCGUAAUUGGCUUUAUUACCAUUGUAGUAAUUGUACUUGCUGGUGCGUACUACUUCAAAAUGCGACGCUCUUCUUACGGACGUCUUUUGGAUGAUGGCGAUCACAGCUCUGUGGGGAAUUUUCUUAACCCAAUGUUUGAUGGCUAAAUGGGGAAGUGUUGAUGAAGAAACAUUUGUUUCUAAAAAAAAACAAAACAACCUACACGUCUUUAGCAAUGAAUAUGGUACCAUCAGAUUCAGUAUUUUGGACCCAAAAUAAGAUGCACUGACCAGAAUCAUCAAGAAGUUUUAGAGUGUAGGCAAGACUUCCUGUGAGUAUUAGUAUGAAGGCAGGUUGCACGGCAUUUUCGUCCUGUUCAAAGGAAAUUUUAAGUGAUGUCCUAGAAAUUUCUUUUUUGUUUUUGUGUUUGUGUAAUAUAUCAUCUUGGGUAUAUUUUUCGACUUUUUCACGUUGCUUGCUUUAUUUGUCUCAUGAUCAUUUUUUAAGAGUAAAUAAACCACAUUACUUACAUUAGCUGUAAUUUUUCUAAAUCGAAGCCUCACAUCUCAAACAGGCCACUUGCGAUCAUUAUUGGUCUCUAAAGAGUGACCUUAUCAUAUACCAUAAUUACAGCUCUGGCCUCAGCUGUGGCCUCCCACUAUUCAUCCAAAGACAGUCUCUUUUUUAAACGUGAAGACCGUUUAACAUUUCUGUAGCCUCAACAAUAACAGAUUUUUCCCUCUUGUCAUUGUAAUGGCAGGGACUCACAAGCAGCAUGCAAUUAAGCAUUUAAACAGUCAAGACUGUUAUUAGAGACUUAAAAAUAAGCCAUCAAGCAAAUGGAGGCACAUUAACAAAACAUCUGGUGUUCUGGCCUGUUUGAGAUUGGGUUUAGUUAGUCGUGCUACAGCAGUUUACCACAUCCAGAAAUGUAUUUUUGAAUGUUUAAAACAACUUACGUAGUUUCCUCUCCUAGUAUUUUGUUACCUGUUUAACAGUAACUGUCGUUUCCUGUUUUUGCAAAUGCUCUAGUUUCAAGAAUGGUAUAAACCACAGAAGCACUGUCUAAAUCACUGGUCUAAAGCAGCAGCAACUGAUUGUAAAACUGUCAAUGUCUUUGUAAAAUUAUUGUAUUAAAAAUCCCUAAUAUAUUAUAUCAUAUAAUAUAUUUUUAUUUCUUA